AGGUAGGUGCAGGUAAGCCUAUAUUAAUAUAGACUUAACAUGAGACAUCUUACACUCAAGUAGAUCUACAGGGUGUCUUAAAAAUUGGUUGUGUUCAUUCUCACUAGACCAGAUCAGGUCAGGUGUUUUAAAAUUCAGCAUUUUCUGAUCAAUAGAAGUAUUAUAAUGGUCUAUCAAAGAAUUGGGUGGUUGUAUGUUUGUUUUUCCUGCAGCAGGUUCAAAGGCUACGGACUGGAGACAGUGAUUAACUACCUCCUUUAGGCACAACCGAUAAAUUAUAACACCAUGGUGGCAUGGUUAUCACUGAUGCUGAAACGCUAUAUUGAAUGUGGAGAGCUGUGUGGACAGUAAUAGGACAUGCAGUUGAGAAAAAUUAUCGUGCAGGCCGAUUGCCGUCGGCCAGUCAUUGUUUUUCCAUUUUCCUUGAUUCGUGGUAUAUUCACAACAACUCUAAGGCCCCAAGCUGUAUACCGUAUAUAUAGCGCGACAUUUUUGAGGGAAUUAAUGUUCGUGGAAUGGCCUCUAAAAGCAUUUCGCUGAAUAAAUUAAAUUUCGUGGGUUGACUAGCAAUUAUAAUUGACCAAUGUCUCGUGAGACAUUGGUCAAAUUACACACGUACCCUUUGUCACGCGUUAUAGAUCUGUAUUUGUGAGUAUCGAGCUAGCUACAAGCCAGAGAUAUCAUACAAUAAUUCAUAAGGUAUUCUAUGUGCAUCGGCAAGCUUACCUAGUUGUAUGAGUGUAUAGUACGUGUAGUUAGUUAAUAUAAUAAUUAUAGGGUCAUUUAACCUAGAUAUGUCCUGCAUAUAAUUAAGGCUACAUGUAAACAACAUGUGCUUCUAGUAUGUAUAAUGUCUGUCAACUACUCUUGUGUCUGUCUAUACCUGGUUCAAUUUAUGUUUCAUAAUUAUGUAUACUCACUUACAGGCAGAGAUGAAUUAUAAUUAUGAUAUCUCAUUCGAUCUCAUUCUUGGAAAUGGAGGGAAUACUUCGGUCAAGAUUGAGAUUGAGAAGAGUUCUUUUUUGUUGUGAUGAGUCAGCUCAUUGGAUUACGUGUUUUUCAACGGCAUAAUAGCAGUACCAUGAUGACUAAUUGGAAGCUGUAGCUGUAACAAGAUAUACUCCCCCUGUCUCAGAAAAGCAUUCAUAUCACAGAUUGUAAUUGUAACUCUUGGGGAUGGAGUCAGUGGCAACUACAACCAGCUGGACAAUCGUCUUGUAUGUUUCAGUUGGGCAGCUUCUUAUAGCCACACCUAUUGAAGCCCUGAAGUUUUCAAUUGAGCCCGAGUCAGUGGUACAAGCCGAGGGAUUAUUGGCAAAGUUUGAGUGCUUGUCUCCUGAUGCAAUAUCUCAUGCUUGGUUUGUGAAUGACAGACCGUCUACUAGCUCUGACUUCUCAUCGGAAAUCGAAGUAGUUAGAGGCACUUCAGGUCGUCCCUCAGUGCUGACCAUCCCAGCCAGCUCACAGUUCAACAACAGUGUCGUUCAGUGUGCAGCAUUUUUACUGAGUGGUGGAGUCUUAUCAAGGAGUGCAACCUUGAUAGUUGAGCGUGUAUCUAUUGAGGUGGUGAAUAAUGAAACCAGCAUUACCAUCUCUGUGACGAAUAACUUCACUAUGAAAACCCUCACCUUCCGUGUGCACAUCUCUCUCACUACUCUGGGCACUAAUGAGAUGGUUGCACUCCCUCCUCUAAAUGGUGGACAAAAUCAAGUGCAGUUUAAUUACAGACAACCUGACAACCACACUGUCUGUGAUAUAUUCACCUUCAUUGUGACUCCAUUUAGUGAGUCAGGAAUGGAAGGAAGAUCCAGUGAACCAGUCACUGGGUUCUUUACAACAGUAACAGAUAAUAACAAUGUCGCUCCCCUCAUCAGUCAGGGAGGAAAUGUGUUGAGGAAAAUAGUACAUCUCGGUGAUAUGGUACCCAACUGUACCAACUUCACCUCCUACCAAGUGAACACUGACGUAUUGGAACCCAUCAGAGACCCCCAAGUGAUAUAUUUAUCUCUUCCCACUGACCAGAUAAUCAACAUUUCUGUGACACUUACUUCGAUCACAGGGGUGCGUCUCAUAUUCAAGGACAUGCUAAUCAGAACAACUGAUGUUCAAAAUUUGAGUGUGGACGUUUGCCCUAAAGGAAACUGUGCAAGAAUUGAGUAUGUUGAAGGUACCCUCUCUCCCGGAGCUCUCGUCUGUGUGAUACGUAUCACUGAUGGAGAGUUGGAUUUUCAAAGCAUGAGACUAGUGCCAAUUCGACGGAAUAUGAGUAACAAUUUUACCAUCCCGGUGGCUGUUAGUGGAAAUUACAGUGUGGUUGCAUUUGACCUUGAGAACAACAGUAUGAGUGUACCAAGAAUGCCCAUAUCUGUGGCGGCCGACAAUGAAACUAUGUUUUUGAGCGAUAAAUCUUCAACUGAACCAAGUUUUCCACCUAAUUCUGAGGGCAUUACUGUCACUAAACUAUCAAAUGAAAGUACUGAAGUGACCUGUACUACCUCUGGCCAGAGUUGUCUAGCGUUGUUUCAAUCUAAAACCUCUCCAACCUCUCUUAAUCCGAUGGUGAUGAUUAGUCUUAAUGAACCACCUAAUGACAGAACCACUGUCACUCUUAAUACCACUUCUGAUGUUUAUGUGGUAGUGUACACUUGGAACAGUGAUUCUGGUGAGACCAUCUUUGAUGGGAAGGUAUCCUUCAUUAGUCAAUUGGAGCUACCAACUAGUCCUCCCCCUACACAAUCACCUCCUGAUACUACUGGAUCUCCAGCUCCAUCGCCCAUACUCAUGAUAGUACUAAUAAUAAUAGGAGCAGGUAUACUCAUUGUUCUGGUCAUUGCAAUUUUCAUUGUUGUCGGUAUUCUGUAUCUGGUGAAGAGAUGCAAACGACGAAACUACAAGGUGGUGCAUUCCAGCUCCAAUCAUCGUCAAUUUGAAAGCAAUUCUCAGGGCAGAUCAACAAACAGAGCUUCCCCAGAAUUGGGUGCCUCAAUAACAUCUCAAGUAGCAUUUUACGAUGUCGCCCGCCCUGAGAACAUGUCUCUGGAAUGCAUCACAGCUGACACUGACGAUACACUUCCACCAGGUUAUGACGUUGUGCGUGCAGAGAACAUGCCAAGUCCUGAAUACGAAACUGUACCAUUAGUUCAGCCAGCCAAACCUACAUUCACUAGUGAUAACCCUCCACCCCUUCCCCCUCCCAUGAUACGAGGAGACAGUAGUGAGGCAUCUGAUCUACCACCUGCCUACAAUCCUGCCGUGGAUAACGAGAGUGUUGGUGUUAUGUCAGUAGAGAGCUCUAUCAGCCACGGUCAGUCAGUAGAUGAGGAGGUUGAUGAGUCGGUGGAGAGAGAUCUAUCAGUCAGCACCGUGGAACAUGAUGGUACUACGGAAGAGGCCAUUGGUAGCACUGAAGCUCAACUGGAUGUUGACCUUGUAGACACAGUACGAGGUGCAGAGAGUGGAGCUGGUAACAAUGACCAUAGUGAACAAGAGGCAAUGAUCGCUGUGCAGACACUAGACAACAAUGGGGUGCUUACAGAGGAGACCACUAGCACUUCACAAGCAAAGGACGAGCGUACAGAGGAUGAAGGUGACGGUGGACUUGAGACAAAGAUUACUGCACAAUUGGUAAAGCACAAACCUAUUGACAAGUUGAUGAUGAAGGACUCAUCCAAGGUCGGCUACUCGAAGGUGGACAAUGACAAACUCAAACCAGUCGUCCCACCACCAGCUCUUCUACCACGACAACUCCCACUACUGCCCACCCACGAGACGCUCAUGGAUCUGCUACACAACGUUGACAAUAAGUGGGAGAAUAUCGCCAAAGCACUGAACUUUGACGAGGACAGAGUCGACGAAAUCUUUACCAACAACGAAAAUGAAUAUCUCCGACUAUACGAACUGAUGGAGUAUUACUUCAUGAACGUCCAUUGCAGUCACUCUUGGGAGGAGAUGGUGCGAGUGCUGACGGAGAUAGGGGAGCAUAGUUUGGCUGAGAGAAUAAAAGCAGAGAAAAUACAAGAUCAAGAUGCCCACGAUGCCGACUCUUAUCUGAAAGCAGUGGAAGCCAACAACUGUGAUGAAAGCACUCAAGCAUCCGUACAAGGCAAUGAAUCGAAAGCUGAGCCACCAACGCAAGAUAAGAAGGAUACAGUGGAAACCAACAACUGUGAUGAAAGCACUCAAGCAUCCGUACAAGGCAAUGAAUCGAAAGCUGAGCCACCAACGCAAGAUAAGAAGGAUACAGUGGAAUCCAACAACUGUGAUGAAAGCACUCAAGCAUCCGUACAAGGCAAUGAAUCGAAAGCUGAGCCACCAACGCAAGAUAAGAAGGAUACAGUGGAAACCAACAACUGUGAUGAAAGCACUCAAGCAUCCGUACAAGGCAAUGAAUCGAAAGCUGAGCCACCAACGCAAGAUAAGAAGGAUACAGUGGAAACCAACAACUGUGAUGAAAGCACUCAAGCAUCCGUACAAGGCAAUGAAUCGAAAGCUGAGCCACCAACGCAAGAUAAGAAGGAUACAGUGGAAACCAACAACUGUGAUGAAAGCACCCAAGCAUCCGUACAAGGCAAUGAAUCGAAAGCUGAACCACCAACGCAAGAUAAGAAGGAUACAGUGGAAUCCAACAACUGUGAUGAAAGCACUCAAGCAUCCGUACGAGGCAAUGAAUCGAAAGUUGUGCCACCAACGCAGAAUGAUCUUAGUCACCCACAAGUUGUAGAUCCUCUACCAAUUGACAAGUCUAAUCAGUCGAGUGUGAAAGAGGAAAAUGACAAGAAUCAAUUGAAUGUAACAAAGCUAGGAGAUACCCAACUUGGACACGAUCGAUCUAUGAUAGUCCCGCCACAACCGAACUAUGUAACACCAAGUCUCCUAUAGGAUGCUGUCACAGUGGUGUAACUCGCCCAUUGCCAUGUAAUAAUUAUAAUUAUCAUGCACAGUAAUUUCAGCAUGCAUGACUGCAUGUUAAUAAUUAAUAUUUUUCUGUGUCACACAUGCAUGAACCAAUUGCAAUACAUGUAGCUAUCCAUAUCCAUGCAGAGUAUUAUUAUGUUAUUAAUAAUUGU